AGUUUGCCACGUUUAUGUCAUCCUAACACUGCAAGCAAAGUAAAAGGAAGGAAGAAAGGUGGAAGCUUUGAGCGAGCAAUCCAAUCUUGAUCCCCAACCAUGUCGUCUCCCAGCAAGCGCCGUGAGAUGGACCUCAUGAAGCUAAUGAUGAGUGAUUACAAGGUGGAGAUGAUCAAUGAUGGAAUGCAAGAGUUCUUUGUUGAUUUUCAUGGUCCCAAUGACAGUUUGUAUCAAGGGGGAGUUUGGAGGGUGAAAGUUGAACUCCCUGAUGCUUAUCCUUACAAGUCUCCAUCCAUUGGUUUUGUCAAUAAGAUGUAUCAUCCUAAUGUUGAUGAAAUGUCUGGUUCUGUUUGCUUGGAUGUUAUCAAUCAAACUUGGAGCCCUAUGUUUGAUCUUGUGAAUGUUUUCGAAGUCUUCCUACCACAACUUUUGUUAUAUCCUAAUCCUUCUGAUCCAUUGAAUGGAGAGGCUGCAGCUCUGAUGAUGCGUGAUCGACCUAUUUAUGAGCAAAGGGUGAAAGAAUACUGUGAAAAAUACGCAAAGCCGGAGGAUAUCGGUGCGCCUUCGGAGGAGAAAUCGAGCGACGACGAAGAGCUAAGCGAUGCGGAAUACGAUUCCGGUGAUGACGCUGUGGUUGGCAAAGCAGACCUUUAGCUUCAAAUCAUUGACUCUUCUCUGUACAUUGUGAUUCAAUUUCAUAAAGAAAAUGAAUGUCUCAUUCAACACAGUUUCAUUCAUCAUUGUAAAUAAUUGUGUGUACUCUUUCAUGGUAUCAUGUUUGUACUCUGAUUCAAAUUGUUAAAAAUAAAAUUUAACUUAAAACUC